CUUUAGAUGAAAUUUAUUUUAGAUUGGUUCCUUAAUUAAGAAUCAUAAAUUUGUUAAUUUUCACAGAAUAAAUAGCUGGAGGAUUUUUUUAUUGUCUAAGCUAUGGAUAUUCAUUCUGUGAAACAUAUAAUUCUUGAUUGGGUAUAAGUUCUAUUAAUUCAAUUUUACUUUAAUUUUAAGCGCUAAAGACAGGAAAACAUAAUCAAUAAUUUAAAAUUCACUCGUAUAAAAAAAAAUUAGUAAAACCAAUAAAAGCCAUUUUUAAAUAUCAAACGUUUCCUGGAGGUAAUAGGGACAAAUAGAGGGUUAUUAUUAAUAGGAUGA